AUGGAUUUUGAUUUAGACAAUAAAGUAGAUUCUGCAACAUCAUCCAAAAGUGGUAGAGUCUCGAAUACAAUUCGACGUUCACUAUCAAAUUUAACUUCAUCAUCGAAAUCAACACUUAUAGAUAAUAAUUCAUCUAAACAAAAAUCUACUACAAAAAAAUUAAAAUCAAAUCAAAGACCCAAAUCUGCUCUUCCACUACCAAAAUCUUCUUCAAAUACUCCACGUGCUUCAUUAAUUCAUAGUACAGCUGGCGAUUUAAUACCUCGUUCGAAUUCAAUACCACGACCUCCUUCUACACCAACUCUACGUUCGUUAUCCUCUGAUGAUCCGCCACAAAUUCCACCAUUAUUACCAUCAAUUACCCUUUCCCAAGAUUAUGCAUCAGAAUCAUCUUCUGCUACCUCCUCUCCGUCAACUUCAAGCAUUAAUACAACAUCUGGCAUUCAAUCACCAUCAACAACUUCUUUAUCCUCUAAUGAGACUACAGAUGAUGAUAAUUCUUUGGAUAUUAAAGUUUUCUUAGCUGCGCCGCGUUUAACUCAGCGUGUUAGAUUAAAAAACGGAAGAGUUGUUAGUUUUUCUGAAGUGGGAGAUAGAAAUGGAUUUCCGGUUUUUGUUUUUUUAGGAAUGGGUUGUGUAAGGUAUUUUAUAGCUUUCUUUGAUGAUCUUGCCUCAAGUUAUGGGUUAAGAUUGAUAUGUCCUGAUCGACCAGGUGUUGGACUUUCAGAUGAUGUUAAGGUAGAGGAACAACAAGUAUUGAAAUGGCCAGAUGUGAUUAAAGAGCUUUGUGAAAUGCUUAAUAUAAACAAAUUUUUUAUCAUGGCACACAGUGCUGGUGCUCCAUAUGCACUUGCUUGUGCUAUGAAGAUACCUGAAAAAUUACAAGGAACUAUAUAUCUUGUAUGCCCAUGGGUGAGUACAACGGUUGCCAAUAAUUUUAAAUGGCUUCGUUUUGUUCCUACACCUGUUAUGAAGUUCACCAACACUGCAGGCAUCUCUUUACAACAAAUGAUUCAUGGAAGACAACCGUAUUCUACUAAGCCGCCACAUCAACGAAAUUCUGGGGCUUUAGCUUCUCCAAUGUCAAGCCUUGAGAAAAAACAACAAUUGGGGCUUGCAAUUCUUAAAGCAUCUUUUGCUGAAAAUCUAUCUGGUGCUAAUAAUGAUUUGCUUAUGUGUUUUGAGCGACGUCAUUCAUUUGGAUUUUCAUAUACUGAUAUUAAUCAUCCUGUGCAUGUCUUUCACGGCACAAAAGAUGAAAGAAUCCCAGUUUCUGCAGUAAAAUGGAUGGAAGAUAAUAUGCCUGAUUGUAAAUUAUCUUUGAUUGAAGGUGGCAAACAUUCCUUACUUUUACGUGCCGAGAUCGUAGAUACAAUAUUUAAAAGUAUCGCUGUUCAAUUACAUGUCAAAGAUGAAUGUCAAGUAUGUAAAAUUUCAUCCAAGUGCUGGUUAAUGGAAGAAGCAGAAAAUGCUAAAAAACUUAUAGAGGAAGAAGAGAGGAAAUUAAAGGAGGAAGAAGAGGAAAGAUUACGGAAAAUGCCCGUUGAAAAUAUAGCUUGUACAUGA